UUGCUACAGACUCUGGAGAUCCAGAGCUGAAUUCCUGAAGAUCUCCCAUCGAUGAAAGCCAAGCCCAGCCGCCAAGCCGUCACCAUGUCCACCUCGCUGCGAGUGAGUCCGUCCAUCCAUGGCUAUCAUUUCGACACAGCCUCGAGGAAGAAAGCCGUGGGCAACAUCUUUGAAAAUAUAGACCAGGAAUCCCUACAGAGGCUCUUCAAAAACUCUGGGGACAAGAAAGCAGAGGAGAGAGCAAAGAUCAUUUUUGCCAUAGAUCAAGAUUUGGAGGAGAAAACACGAGCCCUGAUGGCCCUGAAGAAGAGGACGAAAGACAAGCUUUUCCAGUUCCUCAAACUGCGGAAAUAUUCCAUCAAAGUUCACUGAGGCCAAGAGAGUGGAUAAGGACGUUAUCCAAGAGUGGACAUUUAAAGACCAAGUGAGUCUGUGAGACCCAAACACAUGCAGCAUUUUGUUGCUGCCUUGCGAGCUUCUGUUCCGUCGGGACUCUGGAGGCUGGAAAGGAACAGAAGAAACUAGUUCCCAGGUCUCCAGCUAAUUUCAUGCCUGUGCUGUUACAGUGGAGAAGAAAAUGCUUUCAGCAAGGAUUUGAAAGCUCUCCCUGUGGGAAAGGACUGAUGCUGGUGUCAGGAGAAGAGUCUGGACAGAUGUAAUGAGAACUGAAACCGAAGAUAACAGACGGCUGGGGAAGAAUUGCAGCCAGGGUCUUUGUCCGGCCCUGGGACUUAAAUUCAAACUGAACUUCUUUUCCUUAAUCAAACUCAGUAGAGGGAGGGAGGAGGGAGAGGGGGACACGGAGAGAGAAUACUAUGCUCCAACUGUUUACGGAACUCUUAUUUGAAUGUGGCCAAGCUUCAAUGUUGUCUAUUGGUAUAGAUUUUUAGAAAUAAGUAAUUGAUUAUUUAUUUGCAUUUAUUACAAUGCCUGAAAAAGUGCACCACAUGAGUGUAAGAACAAAUUCAAGAAACUGCAAUACUUUCAGCAGCUCAGUAAAACCGUACGCCACCUUCUGGUUUGUAAAGGGUUUUUAUACAUUUCAAACUGGUUACACAAAAUUUGAAAUAAUGGGGUCCUUUAUAAAUCUGAAGUACUGUGAAAAAAUUUUAUAAAUUUUUUAUCUUCUAACUAAUGAUAAAAUAUAACCUAAUUAAAUUUCUUACAGCUACUGCAGUAAGCAUUAGGAAAUGAAUAUGAUACACUAAAUGGUUUAUGAAGAUGUUAUGGUUUCUAUAAUUUAUUAUACAUAACAAAUGAUAUGCAACCAUAAUAAAUUAUUAUAAACUUA